AUGUAAGAUUAAAAGACCUAAAAAUAUUCUGUAAUAAUAAUCGGUGGAGGACUCUCUGGUCUUGCCGCUCUUAAAAGAUUAGUUGAUAAAGGCUAAAAAGAUAUUUUAUUAUUAGAAUCUAACGAAAAAGUAGGUGGUAGAGUUCACACAUAUACAAAAAAUAAUUUAUAUCUCGAUAAAGGUGCAUCUUGGGUAUGUCCAUAGUAAAACCGUAUACUUGAAUUAUUAAAAGAAUACUAAAUAGAGACUAUAGAAUAAUAUACAGCAGGUAAAAACAUACUAAAAUACAUUGGAAAGGAGAACACAGGUGAUGAAUAAAUUUUGAUUUGCUAGUAAGUUAUUGUAUGUAUACCACCUUAAAGUUUAAAUGGAAAAGUUCAAUUUACCAAUAUUUUGGAUAAAAAACGAGAACAAAUACAAACUGUUAAGAUCGGGGAACUAAUAAAAUGCUACUUAGUCUUCAAGAGUCCUUUUUGGAGAAAAAAAGGCUUUUCCGGACUUAUUUUCAAUAUCAUAAAAUAACCUUGUCUCUACUAUGAUUUAUCUAAUGAUUAAUAUGGAAUUCUCCUCGCCUUUUAUUAAUAAGGAAGGGAAAAUACUAACGAAAAGUUCCUUUAAAAAAGUUUAAAAGAACGAGAAAAUAUAAUUUUAAAAGAUUGUAUGGAAUAUUUUGACAUAAAUACAAUAUAAGAGGAAUUUUUAUUUUAUUCAGAUGAUAAUUUUAUAGGAAAAGAAGGAAUAAAUGGUUGCCCAGUUGGAGUUGCAGGAGUUGAUUAUUGGAAGUAAUUCGGAGAUGUAUGGAACGUGUAAUAUAAAGGGAUCUUUUGGGCUUCUACAGAGUGCUCGAUUAUAUGGAACGGAUAUAUGGAAGGAGCAGUUAGGGCAGGGGAAAAAGCCGCUAAUGAUAUUUUGGGAAGUUUAUGA